ACUUCGUGUGAAAAAUUGACGGUCCUUUUGGUGGGGUUUGCAGUCCUGGAUGUACAGUCCUGAGAUGGGCGAAAAGAUAUAUUCAUGAAGUAGCUAGACUCAAUAAAAUGUGUCCCGGAGGUCAGGAGAAAAUGCCUGAGAAUGUAUGGCAAGUGCCGGCGAGGCGAGCACGCUGCCAGGACGGUUGCCGCGAAUUUGUGGCUGCCGGCAUUGGGAUUGUAAACCCGAGCGGAGUUGGGACCGUCAAUUUCUCGACCCGAAGCUGCAGCUGUCAGAAUUUCGCGGAGAACCGCACGCUUUGUGAGAAAUUUGCAGUCCUUUCGAAUCCCGCUCGGCAACGCUUACCAGGACUCCGCACGGUGGCGAAACGUCGUGCAAGCUCUCUGCUGCGCGAUCGCACCGCAGGAGACGCUUCGGAAGCUCAGCGAAACUACAUUUUCGACCGCUCUACCUACGCCGACCGUCCCCAGAAUUUUCCGUCCACAGCUCGUCCCAGACGCGACUCCUUCGAACCACCACCUCCGCCAGACGCGCCUCCUCCGCUUUUGGCAACGCUUAGUUUGUCGGGCGAGGCCUCCGAAGGGGGCGGCGACCUUGCCCCGAAUCCCGAUAGCGGCCCGGUUGAACCUGUGCAAGAUAGAACAAGCAGCCUACCCACUCAAUAUUUAUCGAGUGCAACGUUCUCCGCGCUCCCCAAGCUUAACUAUCUAACGAUCAGAACCAGAAUGCGGUACCCAACUCCUUCAUCGACCAAGCCAUCCGAGAGUUCGCGGGUCACAAAACAUCCUUCUCGAACCUCAAAAGACAACGCCGCGCCCUCUAAAGGUGUUCAUGCUCGCAAGCAAGUCCUCAAAGCAUUCACUAGACGUGCUUCGCAUUACGAUCCUCUACCACCACGCAUCACAGUCCACGGAUUACCUGGUUAUACUGGCGGCAUCCUGCCACCCGAUGCAGUAGACCCUCGCCCAACCGCGGUGACCUUAAACAGCCUCGAAUGUAUUCGCACAUUAGGCGAUGGUGCUUAUGGUCAUGUCAUACUCGUACGAACUCUCAAUCAUCCAAACUCACGGAAACUGGAACGCCCGGGAUCACUAUUCGCCGUGAAAGUUCUCUCCAAAGAAAGGAUGAAACUGAUCGAUCAGAAACACCCUGCGGAUACUAAUGCCGAGAGAACACACCUGUCGGAACUGCCCUGGAGUCCCUGGGUGAACGGUGUCGUAGGCGCCUUCAGGGACGAAUCGAACCUUUACCUCAUGCUCGAGUUUAUACCGAGCGGAUGCUUCUACGACGUGAUUCAAACGCGCGGCCCCUUCGAUGCUGCCACUGCCCG